AUGGAAGUGAACGAGAAAAAGUGCAAGCUGAUCUCGUUCUACAGGAUUCGGAGCCCAAAUCUUGCGGAGUACAACAUGGGCCGAUCCACACUCGAACGCGUUCACUCCAUCGUGGACUUGGGCGUCACGAUUGACUGCAAGAUGGAAUCCAACCAGCACGUCUCCAUCUCCGUGGCCAAAUCGUACGCUAUGCUCGGUUUCCUUCGAAGAAAUGCUGCUGGUUUCACCGACGUGAGGGUCCUCAAAACGCUGUACUUCUCGCUAGUUCGCAGUGUGUUGGAGUACGCCGUACCGGUGUGGGCGCCGUAUUACGCCGUCCAUCAGCAGAAGAUCGAGAAGAAGUGUAUUUUUGUGAUGGCUUUGGAUGAAAUUUGUUGGAAGUUGUUGCUGUUUCCGUGGAUUGCUAAGUUGGGACAUUGGAAACAUUAUUGUGCAUUACAGUUAAAGACAACUACCCCGUUCCCGUUUAUAACGCUUCCCAACGGUUAUACCUUCCCGACUGGGACGACAACGUCUCCGUUCACGUUCACUCCAUUGACGACGCAGUCAAUGGGCACGGCGCCACCUCUAACGUUCAGUACUGGAAGUCCCACCCCGACGAGUACAAGUACCACGUUUAGUACUACGCAGAGUGUUACGUUCAGCACCAUUCCAACGACCUUUCCAAGUUUGACUUCGACAACAUUCCAAACUACGUUGCCAACUGGUACUCCCAUCACCGUGACCACAGCUCCAAAUACUCAGACAAUAACUCAGCCAAUACUCACUAGUACAACUCCAUCUCCAAUAAGUAGUACUACAAGUACCAUAUCCCAAACAACUCAAACCAUUUCCGUCCCUACAAUAACGUCAACCCUGUUGUCCUCGUUGUUCCCAACAGUCACGUUCACACCCCCGAUAGCCACAAGCACAAUUCCUGGAGUUACACUAACCUCACUGCCUACAGUAACACCAGCGUCCAGCAUUUCACCCUUGCCCACAUUCCCAUCCUUCCUGUCCACCCUAACUCCUCCGACGAUAACCAGUACGUUUGCCACGACGACAAGCUGCCCUCCGGUUCCUCCCACGUGCCCACCAACGGUGACGUCUACCACAACUGGCACUUCCGUUCCGUCGCCAACUCCCAGCAUUGACCCCCGGCAGUUGGCCAACGGUUGUCCCUGUCUCGAUCCUCGCGGACAACUGGUGAAUUUGAAAACGUUUCGAUAG